UCAGUCUGCUCAGAAAACUUCUAGAGGGGAAAGUGUUUUGGAAUCGGAAAGUCCAGAAUUUCAGUGCGCAACAACUUGUGCACAAACUGGACUACUGGAGAAUACUCAAGUGAAUCUUUUUUAAUAUAUUUAUAUUAAAAAAUCCACAGGAUUCUUUCAUCAUCAUUAUCAUCAUCAACGUUAUCAUCAUCAUACUUUUUUUAAAGAGACUAUUUUUAUUUUCUCGUUUUUAAAACCCCAACCUGUGUUUUCACUUUGCAUGCGGACUUUAACUCGAAUCUGAGCCAGACGUCCAUGCGCCCUCAUAUCUAGUUCUUGCUUCUUUUUAAUUUCCAUCGGACCUCAUUCACAUUGACACGAAGUAUGGCUCUUCUUGUGCUGGGUACAUUUCUGACGGUGUUGUCCGUCAGCGGAGGCUCUUUUGUACCGUGCGAGCCGUGCGAUCAGAAGGCGCUCUCCAUGUGUCCUCCGGUCCCGGUGGGCUGUCAGCUAGUGAAGGAGCCCGGCUGCGGCUGCUGCUAUACUUGCGCUCUGGCGGAGGGGCAGGCGUGCGGGGUGUACACCGGUACAUGCACACACGGGCUGCGCUGCCUGCCGCGCAACGGCGAGGAGAAGCCGCUUCACGCCCUGCUGCACGGCAGGGGAGUGUGUACGAACGAGAAGGGAUACAAACCACCGCACCCACCCAUUGAUCGUGAAUCAAUAGAGCAUGAUGAUACAGUGAAGCCAGACACGACUGAAGACCAGAUUCCUAAAAUUCCCCUUUACCCCAAACCAGACGUAAUCAACAGCAAGAAGCAGGCUGCCUUGUUUAAGGACAAGAAGAAACAACAGGAGAAGCUUCGGUCAGUGGGGUCGUUGGACUACUCUCCCCUUCCCAUCGACAAGCACGAGCCUGAAUUUGGUCCGUGCAGAAGGAAGCUGGACGGAAUCAUUCAAAGUAUGAAAGACACCUCGCGCGUCAUGGCUCUUUCUCUCUACCUGCCUAACUGUGACAGGAAGGGGUUCUUCAAGCGCAAACAGUGCAAGCCUUCCCGUGGCCGGAAACGAGGAAUCUGCUGGUGCGUGGACAAAUACGGCGUGCAGCUGCCCGGCACCGACUACAGUGGCGGUAACAUCCAGUGCAAGGAUUUGGAGAACAGCAACAACAACAACGAGUGAGAAUCAACCCACCCUGAUCACCAGACCUAGGGCCCACCUCCUUGUCCUGUCCCACCAAGUCUACCCGCCAGUCACUUUGAGAUUCUGAUGCAAAACGACAAAGAAUUACAACAGCUAUUACAAAUAUGAACAAUCAGACUAAAAAUAACAACAAAGUGAGAUAACAGGAAUCGUUUUAAGAGAGCGCUCAGCUCUAUCUCACUGGACUCAGCCAAUCAGAGGAGCCCCCUACUACAGCUGAGUCCCAGCAACAACAAAAAGAAAUUAUCAAAAAAAUAUAUACGUACAAUUAUAUAUUUUUAUAGAAGCUGGAGUUUGAGCACCAUACUGUUUUUGUUUAAAGUUAACAUAAAACAACAAAAAAAUACAAAAAUAUAUAUAUAAAGAAUAUAUGGCAUGUUGAAUAUUAACAGGGCUAUCUUGGUCUUUUACAUCUUUUGCUGUCAAGGUAUCAAAGGAGAUAGCAGGAACUCUUACUAUUGGGGAAAAAAAAAAACUCAAAUAAAAAGGAAAACCCAUGAUAGAGAUCUGCUGAUACGGUCAUCUCUAUCUGGCUUUUUUGUCGGUCCUGUCAGAGCACUUAUUCAUUGGGGAACCUGCUUGGAAAUGUGUAACUUCACCAAGUUCAGUGUAUGCGUGUGUGCACACAUGUGAGCAAUGAAAUACGGUGAUAGCUUUCUAAAUACGUUUUGUUUUCUAUUUUAUAAUUUUUUUUGUCAUAUCCCUCCCUGAAGGUAGUGAAAACCAGGAUCCCAUUAGACAAAUCUGUUUCAGUGGCUCCAGACUUUGUAGCUUACCUAACAUGCCAACCGUGCCUAUGUAAACAGACGCUGCCAUGCAGAGUUACACGGGUGAGCCGGACGGUCCUGAAAGAGAAAAACGUCCACACAGAAGCCUAAAAAAAACCCGAAAAGGCCAUUCUGGAAUAGUUUUCGUAUCAGAUAUUAUGGGCUGGGUUUAAAAAGAAUGAAUAAAUAAAUAAGACAGAUGCUGUUACCCUAAAACGCUCCCAGCAUUUGCGUUUAAACUUUGACGGACGUUCACUGACGUCUCUCUGUCUAUAAUGUUUCUUUUUUUUUUUUUAAAUAGCCUUUAUGUUAUGUGCUGUUUCCUUUGAUUCAUGGAGGUAAUGACAGUCAUCUUAUGAGCCAUGUUCCUCGACCAUGCGGUUUCACUGUUACUGGUGUAACCUUGGUUUGUUACCUUUAACUCUAGAUUAUUGAAUGUGUUUUGUUUUUACUUUCUUUAUUUUUUUGUUGUUUGCUUAUUCUUAACAAGCAACCACAAGCGAUCAGGUGCUCAGCAGAGGAGUGUCAGCAUUAUCAAUUUGCAUAUUUCCAUCUGGCCUGUCGCAGUGACGACUAGCUCAUUUGAAUGCAGGUCAGACCACUCUGUAAGCUCCGCCCACUUUGAUUGUUCACCAAUAGCUCUUUUGGUUAGCACCAUGACACGUUUCAUUUGCGUUUCUGGAUUUGACGAAUCACGAGGACGGAAACAGAAAGUGCAUUUCACUACAGCGUCAUUCAGUGUGAGUUUCUGUGUGCGAGUCUCAGUGCCUUCCUACAUGCAAAUACAUUUGAAUGGUGACGUGAACGUUACACAAUAGCCAAGGGGAAUGAAACAACCUUUUUAUAUAUAUAUAUAUAUAUAUAUAUAUGUUGACGAAGGACCUCAAAUGCGUUCAAAUACAGCAUCAGAUCAGACAAAAUCCGUUACACUACAUUGUAUGUCAAGCAGCUAUCAGAGGCUCCCGAAGCUACGAUUGGGAGAGACCGUAGUCCAGCUAGCGCUAGCUCAUUUACUGUUAUUUCUCUUAUGAAUAAGCUGAUUGAUUUGACAGAGACUGCAAAUGUGUGUAAAUUGCUGAUGAGAGUAUUUUCGAUCAAGCUAUACAUCACACGGGGAUACUCACCGGCUGGCUCUUGAAGAGCGAGUGAAGCCAUUCCCUGCCACAAUGGGUCCGUCCGGAUCUUAUUUUUCAGGGCCCGAAUGAUCAUCGUUUCACUGCUGGGAGGGGGCUGUAAAAGUAGUCACCACAUAAUCUCUUCAGAUCUCCAUCUCAAAUACCUAUCAUAACCAGGCCCAGAUGGAAUCUGUCUAUCUGUAUUCACUUUUUUUUUAUUUCAAAUGUUUUUAUUUGUAGCUGAAAGCACAAUUAAAUUAGCCGGCGAAUGAUGUGAUGGAAUUUGAAUGCCAGGCGUUCCUAUUCCACGUGCAAAGAUUCCGUCUGGGCCUGACUGGAGUAGAACCACAGGUCUGAAGAAUGUAUCCAAUGCAAAUGCAAUUGGCUCUCGAAUGGAAGGUGAUGAGAAUGAGAGUGAAAGAGAAAGUUAACCAGACUUUUCGCAUGUGUCUUGAGUACGUUUUGGAGGUGUAUUCACCUCUGUUAUUGCACAAUUAGCCAAGUAGGUGACAUGCAUCACUGCUCGGUGUAAAUCAGUAAUCAGCAUUAUCCAGGUCCUGAUCCGUGCUGAAAGCCCCCUCCCCCAUUUUCUUUUUUUUUUUUUUUGAAAAAGCAGCUUGCACUUAAUUCCUUACCUUGCCACGUGUUUAGUGCCGUCUCGAAGUGAAUCUCAGUUCAGGUAUAGGAGCAGGAGCAGGCCUCGGACAGAUACCCUGCCUGAGUACCUUUGACAGGGGCUUCACAGCCCAAGCCUGAGACCCGCAUCAUCAUUCAGUGGGUUUACCAGUGUAACACAACCAAUCACAGUCUAUUCUCCAUCUACUCUUAAUAGGCUUUGCGUCUCAGUGAUAUCCGGGAAGAAGGAGAGCGGGUGAGAGCCUCAAGCGGUGAUCUUGUGCUGGGCCUCCCUUCACAACACACAACACACACUGCAGAAAGCCCAAUCAGUGUUUUUGUAUUGUUUUCCAGGAUGAUUACUGUUAAGUAAAAGUAGUUUAAUUCACUGCAACGGCAGUUGUUGUCAGAACAGAGAGUGCUCAGCGUAAAUAAGUACACCCCACACAAAUCUAUUUUUUAAGUUCAUAUCUUUAAUAGGAAACAAUGCAAUAUUAUAUUUGUGCAUAUACAUUAGAUUAGUCAGUAUUGAAGACAAAUCAGGAGCUUAUCUAACAAAAAAAUAACUAAUGAUAACGGCCCAAAAACGAGUACAGCCAAAUGUAUAUGUCAUACAAAAAUAUUAAAUACAAAUUUAAAAAAAAAAAGAGGAAAAAUCAAGAAGCAAAAAAAUUUAAAAUUUAGUUGAAAUGUUGUAGGUUGUAAUAUUUUUUGCAAUAUUUUGCUAGAAUUUAAUUGUAUUAUCUUUCAAUUUCUAAAUAUGUUUGGUGAAUAAAAUAUUAUUUUAAUAAAUGUAUCAGUUUAAUAAAUCUGUUUUAUCUAAAUGCACCAAGUUAUAUUGCCUAUAGUCACUGAGAAAUUAAUAAAAAUAUUCAUUUUCAAAACGGGGUGUACUCAAUUACGCUGAGCACUGUAUCUUGAAUUGUGCAACUUUAAAAAAAGAAAUGGGAUAACAUAGCCAGAAAAUGUUCUAAAUUGACUUUUUUUCUCUUUGAGAACACCAAUGUCAGAGCUAUUCUUAUAAAAGAUGCACAAUAGUCAUGCAACUCGUCCAUUGCUGUAUAAAAGCUUUGUGUAAGGACUACAAUGUCCCUUUGUGAUAACAUAUUAGGUUGACACAAUUUUUUUUUAAUUCCUUUCUUCUGAUGAACACAACAUGACAUAUUUUGUAGAAAGCUGCAAAGCUGUAACCCUUGUAAGAAUAUAUUUUGAAGAACCAUUAACUUCCAUAGUAGAAAGAACACAUAAUAUGAAGGAUUAUGUGUUCUUUCUACUAUGGAAGUCAACGGUUACAUUCUUCAAAAUAACUUCUUUUAUGUUUAACAGAAAAGAAGGUUUGGAAUCACUUGAUAAACAAAAAACAAACAAACAAACAAAAAGAUAGGUUAUUUAGUUUGUUAAAGCAUUUUCAUGCUAGCAGAAUCUGAUUCACUAAUAGGUUUUUGGGGUAACAGUUCUUCUUUGGCAAAAUAGUUCUUCAAAAUCUUUGAAUUUUAAGGUUGCAAUUCAAGACAUGUUCUUAGAAAACAAGUGUUUUAUCUGGAAUUGCUUUGCUUAUCAAGUCAAAUGAUUUUGACUUGAAACGUCUUGAUAUUUUUACUGGAAAACCAGACAAAAAUACACAUUUUUGCAGUGCUUCACACUUCACGGUAGAUUUUUUUAGAUGGACAGUGUCGGAAUCUGAUAAGCAAGUACACAGCGGCUGUGAUCAGAAAUCAAAAGUGUUUUUCUGAAAACCCUGAAUGUUCUAAGACGAUGCACUAUGGCUGAAAAAAACAUUUCACCUUGUUUCCCCAAGUUGUAGAAUUGAUCUGGGUGUCAUUUGAGAACCGAAAUGUGAUUUUGAUCCGUUGGGAUUUGUAAUUAGAGAUAAAAGACUAUCAAUGGCCAGGACGCAGCAUGUCGCUUUCGUGCUUAUCUGCUUUCAUCAGAUUCCGAAAUCUCAUAUUGGGUAGACAGCAGUGUUCAUAACUCACGUUACAGUAGAAACGACAGGUUUUUUUGUUUCUUUCUCUGAAUGCAUAACAGUUUUCUCUCUGUUUUCUUGAUUGUUUUUCUUUGAUUUUGUGGAUGAGAAAAGACUUGAUGAUUGACCACCUAAAUGUGGCUUAAACUGGCAUGUGAAAAAGACCCAUUAGUGGCUGGAGGACUCUAAAAAUGUUCAGCAUUUGGAACUCUUAUUAAAAACCAAUAAAACGAAAAAAAAAAUCUCAAAUUAUUAAGAAAGUGAAUAUCACUGUGUAAUAUUUAUUCAACUUGUAAUUUAUGUACUCUUUUAACCUUUGUCCUUUUUUUUGUUAUGACAAAGCAUUUAUUUAAAUAAAGUUAUGUAUUCAUUUAAGCUUGUGCAAUAAAUUUAUUUGUACAUGA